UUCUAUUUUUCUCAGGAAAGAGAAGACUUGGAGAAGAAACAGAGAGAAAUGGGAGAAGUGGGGAAGGCGAUGGGAUUGUUAAUAAGCGGGUCGUUGGUGUACUACCACUGCGCCUUCCGCAACGCCAGUAUUCUAUCUCUCUUCUCCGACGUUAUAAUCGUUCUCCUCUGCUCUCUCGCCAUUCUCGGUCUUCUUUUCCGUCAACUCAACAUCUCUGUUCCUGUGGAUCCACUCGAGUGGCAGAUCUCUCAAGACACUGCUAAUGGUAUUGUUGCAUGGUUAGCUAAUACCAUUGGGGCAACCGAGUCUGUUCUCAGAGUCGCCGCAACUGGUCAUGACAAGAGGCUCUUCUUUAAGGUUGUUAUUUGUCUUUACAUACUAUCGGCUUUGGGACGGCUUAUCUCCGGUGUUACCGUUGCUUAUGCUGGAUUAUGCUUGUUUUGUCUAUACAUGGUUGCUGAGAACUCGCAGUCAUUUAGUGCAUGUAUUCGAAGACGGAGAAAUGGCUCCCCUGCAGAACAGGAUAACAUGUAAAUUUGUAAACCUAUUGUCAAUUCUUUUGUCUUUUGAUUGGUUUUCUGGAUUAGGUUUUAGCUGCACAUUCUCAUUUCUGUUAGUAACCAUCCUAUGAUUCAUUUUAGGGUCAAUUCGAUUUGGGAUUUCAUAACUGUAACACUAGGUUGGGUUCUAUUAGAGAUUUGAAAUGUUGAAUCUUCCUUAGUAAUGAUCUUGUUUACAUUCUUUGGCUCCUAACACUUCCAUGAUUAGAUUUAUGCUGUCA